GGCAUAUCUGAGGAUCUAUUAUCAUGUUUUAAAUCAAUAUUAUUGAGCUGAGUUCCAGUCUCUGAUGAAAGAAGAUACUGUUUGUUUAAAUUCUAAAAAUAGUUUGUGGGAAGUUGGAACAUUAGCCCCACACCAUGUGCUAAAAGCAGUUCACCUCAUCUGACCACACAUUGCAAAAGAUGUGCUUUCUCUUUCAUCAGUCCAUUAGCUUUUGUGAUUUCAGCACUUACCCUCUCUCUCGCGCCGAUAAAUGACCACAUACUCGCAGACAUAGAGAGAUGCAUGCACACACUGAGAGAGCCGUGGAGGACAAGCAUUCACAGCCUCAUGCUAUCAUGGUGCCUAUGCCUCUCCAAGGCCAUCUUCUCCCACAUACCCAUCUGGCCAUGAAGCUUGCAUCAAAUGGUUUCACCAUCACUUUUGUCAACACCCAACACAUUCACCACCAGAUAUCCAAAUCCCAACCCAAUGACACUGAAGAUCAAGAUGACAUCUUUGCCACAGCACGCAAGUCCGGCCUAGACAUACGCUACAAGACCGUGAGUGAUGGUUUUCCACUAGCCUUCAACCGAUUUCAGAACCACAACCAAGCUGUUGAGGGCCUAUUGUAUGUCUUCCCUGCCCAUGUUGAUGAACUUGUUGGAAAUUUAGUCCAAUCUGACCCCUCGGUCACUUGCUUGAUUGUUGAUACCUUCCACCCAUGGUCAGCAACCAUAGCCAACAAAUACAACCUUGUCAAUAUUUCCUUCUGGACUGAACCAGCUCUAGUCUUAAGCAUCUACUAUCACUUGGACCUCCUCAGAGAACGUGGUCAUUAUGGUUCACAUGAUAAUCGAGAGGACACCGUUGAUUAUAUACCGGGGGUGCAGGCUAUUGAACCAAAGGACUUGAUGUCACACCUCCAAGAAGCUGAUAUAUCAACACCGAUGCACCGAGCCCUACACAAGGCAUUCCAUGAAGUGCAAAGGGCAGAUUUUAUUUUGUGUAAUACAGUACAAGAACUUGAAUCAAACACCCUUUCAGCCUUGCAAGAGAAGCAACACACAUAUGCAAUUGGCCCUGUUUCCCCCAAUAAUCCCACAAAAAGUAUUGUGGCCACCAAUCUGAUGUCAGAGUUUGACUGCACAGAAUGGCUCAACACCAAGCCUAAUGGUUCAGUUUUGUUUGUUUCAUUUGGUAGCUAUGUUCUAGUUACUAAAAAUGAUAUUGAAGAAAUAGCUCAUGGGCUCUUGCUUAGUAAAGUGAGUUUCAUCUGGGUACUUCGCCCUAAUACUACAAGUUAUGAUGAAACCUAUAUCCUACCUGUUGGAUUUGAGAAUGAGAUUAAAGAUAGAGGGUUGAUGGUGCCAUGGUGCUCUCAGAUUGAGGUGCUUUCACAUCCAGCAACAGGAGGGUUCUUGACUCAUUGUGGAUGGAACUCAAUACUUGAAAGUAUGUGGUGUGGUGUUCCCAUGCUGUGCUUCCCUCUGUGGACUGAUCAAGUGACCAAUAGGAAACUAGUCGUUGAUGAUUGGGGGAUUGGAUUAAAUCUCUGUGAUAGGGUGAAACCCAUCACAAGGGUGGAGGUAGCAGAGAAGAUCAACCGUCUGAUGAGUGGAAAAUUGGGUGAUGGAUUGCAGAAGCAGAGCAAGAAGGUUAAGCAAACAUUGGAGGAUGCAUUAGCUGUAAAUGGAUCAUCACAAAAGAAUUUAUCUCAAUUCAUUGGUGAUGUAAAGGCUGAAAUUCAAAAACGAGUGUGACUUUCACAUUGCUACUAUGUGGUUCUGUGCUGCUUCCUCAUUUCUUUGUCAUCUUUGUCAUUAGCGCACCCUCUAAAUUAGCACAAAACCAAAUUAUAAUAAGUCUUUCCACUACUUUGAGAAUAUUGUCGGUGAAUCUUUUGAUUUUUGUCCACAA